AUGGAUACCGACGACGGCGUACUAUCGGAGCUUCCGGGCUCUGCCGCUAAUGGCUCCGAGCCGCUGGCAUGUGUAACCUGCCGGUCCCGAAAGCUAAAGUGUGACCGAGUGAAGCCGACAUGUAGUCGGUGCUUGAAAGUAAAGGGGGAAUGUGUGUAUCCUGAAUCGAGAAGAAAACCCGCCUUCAAGCGGAAGAAUGUCAAGGAGCUCGAGGAGAGACUGGCACAGGUGGAAGAUCUUCUCAAGGAAGCCGGCAAGACCAAUGGAGCGGUGUCGUAUGAGGGUGACCUGGAUAGCCGAGUCAAUGUCGGCAUGGAUGAUUUCCAUGUCGAUCUCGAGACGCUCAUGGCAAUGCAGAACGGGACGUUUGACGACAAAACAAAUUUCUUGUCUGGAGUACCUGGGGAUGGAUCUCAGGUGCCCGGCUUUGCCGAAUCAUCGGGGGAGCUCAUGGGGCUUGGGCUCUCGGAAGCCCUACCCCCUUUUGAGAUGAUGGAAGAGCUCAACAAGAGCUUCUUUGAACGCCAGCAGCAUUUCAUCCCCAUCAUACACCCUGGCCGAUACCUGCAGUCCUUCUACUCGGCGCCUCACAAGCGCCCUCCCAUGUGUUUGCAAUAUGCCGUCUGGGCCAUGGCAUCUAACGGACAUGAAAAAUACUCCCAGUACCACGAUAUCUUUUACAAGCGAGCUCGGCAAUACGCGGAUGCUGAUGAGAUGAAGGGGUUCGGCGAGCACUUCCUGACGGUGCAACACGCCCAAGCGUGGGCACUCAUUGCGACAGACGAAGCAAGGUCUUUGUUCUUCACGCGAGCCGCCAUGAGCUCGGCCAAGUGUGUCCGUCUCGUGGAAAUGAUGGGCCUGCACCGCAUCGACGGCGAUGGCCAGGAGAUGGCGCCCACCCUGGCGCCGCCUACCUCGUGGGUCGACCUCGAGGAGCGAAGGCGAGCCUUCUGGGGCGCCUACUGCAUCGACUGCCACGCAAGUAUCGCCACCGGAUGGCCGACGCUGAUCGACCCCAAUGAGAUCUCGACGCACCUUCCCUCAUCCGAGGAAGCCUUCAACUCGGCCCGCGAGGAGACGACGUCCACCCUGCCAGAGGCAUUCAAAGGCGCCUCGUAUUCGACGUUUGCGGGAGCCGUCGUCAUCUGUUACAUCUUCAAUAAGCUCCUGAAGCACGUUCACUGGGAAAGGCCGACCGACAGGCCCUCGGACGUCGAGUACGGCGAGUUCUGGAACCGGCACAGAGACAUCGACAACAUGCUCUCGAGCGCCUUCAUGUUUCUCCCAGAACGCUUCCGGUUGCCUCAGAGCAUGCGCGAUCCUACGGCCGUCCACACGAACCUCAACCUCCACGCCUCGGUCAUUUGCCUACACCAUGCGGCGAUUGACAGGGUCGAGCAAUACAAGCUACCGGAUAACCUGAAAAUGGCGUCACAACUCAGGCUGCGGACGGCGGCAGAGGAGGUGGUGAAUAUCGUGAAGUUGACGAGUCACAUGAACUCGGGCUACAAGAGCCCCAUGGUCGCCCUAUCGUUGUACUCGGCUGCGUCGGUGUAUGUGUACAUGGCCAAGUGCAACCCUGAAGCCGGCAUAUCGAGGAUGGACUUGCAGAGCCUCAAGUUCAUCAUCAGCGCCAUGGAGGCGAUCGGACGGAAGCACAUCAUCACGCAGGCCUUCCUUCAGCAAAUCUUCAUGGACGUUGAGCGAAACGGCCUAUCGGACAUCAUCGACCUUCCCAGCCUGACCAGCUACAAAAACCUGUUUGGCUGGACUUGUUCCAAUAUCCCACUCCUCGCAAGAAGCUCCAUAUCAAAGCAUACCGAGAUCCAGUCGCCCCUGCCUGGCCGGCUGCCGCUCGGCAACCCCAAGGGCACAGCCUACGAGCACUCCCUCACGACGGAAUCCGGAUGCAACUCCUUGGUACCCAACUCGGCCAACAUCCACAGCGCGGUCGAGAGCGCCGGUGUCGCCGGCCUUCGACUUGGCAAGUUUGACAGAGUCAUCGCACCGACCUCGCCAGCGAGCGAAGCCCGCGACAAUGGCCCGAACAAGAGAAGACGGACAUCGCUGACAGCCAGCCCGGAGGAAGCCACUCACGCCAAGGCCGGGGUGUUCAGCGGGACCUUCCCCUCCAACGCAAACAUGCGGGCCGCGCCGCCCCCCUCGAGCAACGGAAUCGACGGUGUGGGCGGUUUCGGGAUGGGUCUAUUGCGCGCGACGGGCAUGAUGAAGUCGGCGCCGAGUCCGCAGAUCAGCCUGCCGCAUCGGAGCUCCCCGGCAUCGGUGGCGUCGCCCUCGUCGGCGUUCAACAAGAGCACGCCCUCACAAUCAACGGGAAGCAAUAGCAACAGUAACAGCAGCGGCAGCGGCAGCAGCAGCAGCAACGCAACGCCCGGUAUCGGGCACGGCGACGCGUGGCCGGAGGAUCGGAGCACGCGGAGCAGCCACAACGGCGGCGGCAACGCCAACGAGAUUAUUGACAUUACGAGCAUCCAGAACGCCAUGAUGGGAGGUGCGGGAAUGGGGGCGGCGACGUCGUCGUCUUCUUCGUCGACGUGGGAUUCGAGGGGGCUGCAGUACGCGCCGAGCGCGGACCCGACUUCGUUUAUGAAUCUGAACUUCGAUUCGAUCCCGCCGGGCAUGGGCAUCGACCCGUGGACGAUGCUGGCGAACAUGGACGAGAUGACGUGGAUCGAUGCUGGGGAGGUGGCGGCCGUCGCCGCAGAUGCGAAUGAGACUGGAGGAGGCACGGCAUAG